GUUUAACUCGAGAUCUUCGUGUUUGCGGAUGGCACGGAAUGCAGAAUUUUCUCUUAAGAACACUAAACUAUACGAGGCUUUAAAGUGUGGUUCAAUGAUAUUCUCAGCAUGGAAAUGCCAACAUCACAUGCCAGCCAUGGUACCACAUCAUUAUCGGAAGUAAUAACUCAUCAUAGUAUUACCGGACCUAGUCAUAGUCUACUUUCGAGCUCUCAUCAUCAUCAUCAGCAGUUGGAACAUCAAGCAACGGCACACACAUCGAACACUGUAUCUGCACUUCACUUACAUUCCUCAUCCGCUGGGACCUUGGCGGCAACAUCAGCGCAUCAUCAUUCACAUUUAGCUCAUUUGCAAUCGCAGCAUCCACAUGAAAACCCAUAUGUGCCCGUCAUUCAAACUGAUAAUGAGAAAAAUAUAGGUAAAACCUUUUAA